AUGCUUCCUUAUGCUGAGGAUAACAUGCCGCUCUGGAUAUUUCAACAAGAUAACGAUCUAAAACAUACAGCCUCUAUCACAAAGAGAUGGUUCCAAAAUAAUGUUAUAAGACAACUGGACUGGCCAGCACAAUCGCCAGAUUCAAAUCCCAUAAAAAAUUUAUGGAAAAUUGUAAAGGAUGAGCAGUUUGAAAUAUUAUUUUUAGUGCAUGAUCUUCAGCCAUUUGGUGCCAAGCAGUUUAAUGUUAGUCACAACAUUUGGUCAUUAUCAUUUGGGGAACCAAUUCCAGGAGUUGAGAAUCCUUUAGAUGGAACAAAUGUCAGCGCUGAAGCUGGUUCGCUUAUGUAUCAAUACUUUGUUAAAAUUGUCCCCACGGUGUACAAGAAACUUUCUGGAGAGGAAUGUUUGUACUGUAUGAUCUGUCACCGAUGCUUGUUCAAUACACUGAAAAGAGAAGAUCUUUCACUCAUUUUUUAACUGGCGUCUGUGCUAUUAUAGGUGGUGUUUUUACAGUUGCUGGUUUGAUUGACUCCUUGGUCUACCAUUCAGCACGCGCACUCAAGAAAAAAAUAGAAUUAGGAAAAACGACUUGAAUAUGUAUAACGAAAGACUAGUGUAAACUAACAAACAAUUUAGAAUUUUCUACAAACAAGUAUUUAUUACCAUAAAUCAACUCA